AUGCAACCAGCUAGGAAGCCUUAUAUGAUGAUCAGUAGAGAGAAGGCCGGUGCCGUUCAAUGCCCAAGUCACUUUGCCCAUAAGACACGUACGAGGAAGAAGAAAGAGAUAAAAAAAGAAAUUUUGGUUAAUUGCCGUCGUCAUGGAAAAGAAGGCCAGCUACAUCAAAUUACUGCAUCGUCUGUCUCAGUAUAUUGUUUGCUAUCGGAAGAAGUUCAAUUGAUAUUUGGGAAAUCCGAAAAUGGAAAAUUAACCAAAUCAAACAAGCAGUAUAUGGACGUCGUUUAUCAAAAUUUCUGUGUUGGACUGGACGACUAA